UCACUUAAAUUUCAUUGAGAUGAAAUAUUAAUGUUUAGAAACAUACUUUGGGUUGUUAUUAUGCAGGCCUAAGGGCAUUACCGAAGCAUUGCGGUUACAGAUGGAACUCCAGAAGCGGCUUCAUGAACAACUUGAGAUUCAAAGAAAAUUACAGAUUCAAAUUGAGAACCAAGGGAAGCAUCUACAGGUGAUGUUUGAGCAACAGAUCAAGUCGGGCGAGCCUUCUGCUCCAUCAUCUAGCGCCGCACUACCUUCUCCAGUUGAAAAUUUAGAAAGCUCAAAUGAGGGCCAUGAAAAGAUUGGAAUCAACUAUAGCACUCAAGACACAAGCGCAAAGCAAAAUGGAGAUGAUGCUAAAGUUAGCGAUGAACUUGACCAGUUGUCCACACCACCCACAAAACGAGUGAAGACCGAUUAGUUGAGUAAAGAAGAAUAAGUUUCAACCUUGUGAAGGUGCCUAGUGUUUCUGCUUCUACAGAUAACAUAACAUACUGGAAUUUCCUUUUUGCUUUUGACCAUGACUUACUUGAUCAGUGAUUUGGUUUCACAGUAUCUAUUUCUUGUCCUUGAUUUAGUUUAGGGUAUAACUUGCAUUGGGAAACUUCACUCUAGAUAUUUGUUGUAUAUUAAUGGAAUGUUUGAACACUGGAGCCUAGAAACAUAGUUGGCUCCUAGGAUGUUUCAACUAUAUUAUUCGCAA